AUGGACAUGCCCAGCACUAUGUCCCAUUCUCAUGGCACCGAGCCCAUGCCAGUCGUCUUUCACACCAAGAUGGCCACUGCGCUGUUUUCCGAAUCAUGGACACCGCGGACGCCAGGACAGUACGCCGGUACUUGCCUCGCUCUCAUUGUCUUUACCAUCAUACUACGUACUCUGAUUGCCUUCAAACCCAUGCUAGAAGCGACAGUGUGGGCAGGGGAGUAUGAGAAGAGCCACUCGAGAAUUGUCGAGGAGACCGCGCGGAAAGAAAGGUUGUCUCCUCCUACAACAAGAUCGAUCCUUCUCAGAGUUGCGCAUGGUGCCUACGAGGUUAUCAUUGCCCUUCUAGGGUAUCUCUUAAUGCUGGCGGUGAUGUCGCUGAAUCUGGGAUAUUUCUUGUCUAUUCUUCUCGGUGUCUUUGUUGGAACGCUCUGUUUGGGUGGCAUUGCGCGCAGCACAACAUUUGAUCAUUGUUCUUGA